CCUCAAUACACUUAAAAUUAUUGCUGUGUAUAGAGAUUCAAAAAAAGUAUAAAUGGCUCCUAGAACUCGAAAAGUACUGGCAACCCCACUGAGUGGUCAGAAUACAAAAAAGGAUGACAAUUCCAUACUUAAAAGUACAAAAUCUAGUGAAUCUAAAAUUUCAAAGAAACCAGUCGUGGCUAAGACUGAUUCACAAUUGGUAAGAAGUCUGCCUCGAGUAAGGAAACAACCAUCAAGACUUAUAGACGAUGAGUCUUUGAUUUCUGGUCAAUCAUCUACUCCUAAAUCUACAGGUCCAAAAUCUUCUACUCCUAAAUCAGGUGCAAAAAGAAUACAGAAUUUAAUAUCUUCUCCUUCUACGGCAGUUAAAAGAAAAUUGAAUUUGACUGAUUCAGUCAUUGAGGAAAAAGAUAUAUUGACAGUUAAGAAUAGUGAGGAAUUAAUAAGUUUAAUUAAUAAUUUGGUACAUACCAAGCAGGAUUCUAUAUUUGAGAAUUAUAAACUUAAGGUACAGAAACAACUAGACAAUGAUCAUGAAUUAAUAAAACAAUUGAAUCAAGAUUUAUCAGACAAACAAAAUAUUGUGGAUAAUUUAUUAAAUGAUAUUGAAGAAUUAAAGUCCAAAUUGAGUGUGAAUGGCAAUAAUAAAAAUGAUAUUAAUAAUAAUAGUAAUAAUCAUUCGAAGAUAGAACUAGAUCUGGAGCGUGAAUUUGAUUCCAUAUAUCAAUCACCUAUAAGAAUCAAGAAGAAUAAACCAGUAGAUCUUAUUAAUCAAAAGGCUAUACAGAAAGAAUUUGAAGAUAUAGGCUUCACCCUUGAUAUGGUUGAAUUAUUAACUGGGUUAAGAAUUAUUAAUUUCACCGAAGAUGACGAGAAAUUCUACUUUGAAGUUAAACAGUCUUCCUCAAAUAGUAGUGAUGUAGUUUACAUUACUUAUAAGCUUGUGAUUUCCAAAACAUUUGAAUCUACAGCUGAAAUAGAUUACGAACCUACAUUUUUAGAAGCACUUGAAGAUGAAUACGAAGAAGAUGAUGAAAAUGAAUUAAGUGCGGUUGAAAAUGCAAAGUAUCUUAAGACCAUUCUACCAGAUUACUUAUGUGAGAAUUUAUCUUUUCCUUAUAGUACCUUGUCUCAAUUCUAUUCGAAAGUGAGUAGAGCUUUACAUAAGAGAUCUAAAGCGUAAGAAAAUUCGAUUAUUA